AAUUUUUAAGUAAAUAAUACAAAUAAAAACAAAGAAACAAAGCAAUUAAGCUAUAUAGAUUGUUAAUUAACAUAUAUGAAAAAGGAUAAAUUUUAGGACAAUUUUUUAAAUUCUGAAUAAAAUGCAUUUGUUGAUUUUUAGACAUUUUCAUAUUAAGGGGACUAAAGUGAAGACAUGAAUUAAAUUUUGGCUAUUACAUAAUCAUAAAUGAAAUCUAAGGAAGGAAAUACCGACUUAGCAUAAAUGGAGAUACCUUUUACAGCACAAAAUAACUUAGAUAAAACCAAUUAGCGCCAGUAAUUCCAGCUGAUUCAAGAACUAAAGUAAACAAUAGAGCAAGGUAGUAGUAAUACAAGAAAUAAUUCAAAGUAUAGAGAUUCGCUUUUGAAAAAAUAGAACUCACCUAAUAGAUAGUAAUUGCAAGUAAAGUUUGCAUAAGAUUAAUUUCGAUAAAAUCAAAAUUAUUCAAAUAAUGAUAGUAGUACUGUAAAUUAGCAAUAAUAACCAAAAAAUCAAGCAUAUUAAUUUGAUGAAAUUCAAUCAUAACAAUAUAAUUAUAACUAAAAUACAUAAACAUUUAAUGACCAAAUUUCACAAAAUAUUUAAAAUCUACCACAAAGGAAAUUCAGACAAAAUAAUUAUUUUUACCAAGAACCUAAUGAUACUUAAUCUAUCCAAGCAAAAUCUCCUAUUGAUUCACUCAGAAAGAGGUAGUUAACAGGAGAUUUUAAUUAAGACUCAGAUUUCUCAAUCUCAUUGAAAAAAGGAACAAGUAAACUCAUCAACUCCUAAAAUGAUACUCUUUCUAUUAUAAAAUCAAUUAAAGAUUUAAGAAGUUAGUUCUCUUCAAGGUAAUAUGAAAGAAGUGAAUCAGGACCAUUCUUUUAUGACUUCUUAAAUAACUUAUGCUUGCUUACAAAAAAGAUCUUAUCGCCAGGCGACAAAAUUAAUUAAGUUGAUUGCUCGUUUCAGGGAAUUGAAAAUGCUAUUUAAUACAUUGAAGCUUAAUAAAAUAAUUUGUAAACAUAAAACACAGAUGAUGGUAUUUAGAAGGUUUAAGUACUUUAAAUAUUGUCUUCAGAAUUCACUUGGCUUAAAGAAAAAAAGAAAGAAUUAGAAAGCCAAUAAAACUUUCAAAAUGAAUCAAAUACAACACCAAAAAGAGGUCUUUUAAACAAUGAAAAAAAAAAAAUUUUAACAGAGGAUGCGCAGCUGAACGUUUUCACUAAUAAAGAUAGAUUUGGAGCUAGUGAAAGAGUUGAUUAAGUCAACAUAAGUCCAUUUAAUCAUCAUUAAACUAAAAAAUUUUAAUUCUAAAAUACACAGUCUCAGUAACAUACAUAAUCAUCAUAAUAUUCUUAGUCGAUGUCCUCGAACUCUCCAAGUGUGUCUCAUCAAUUUUCUCCUUCAAAGUUGUAAUAGAAUUAAUAAAGUAGAUUUUCGAUUAGUUCAAUGCUUUAGAGACAAUAUAGUAUCACGACUAACCAAUCUACUCCUAAAUAAAUGGAAUGUUCUAAAAUUGCUCAUAAACACUAUUUUCAUAAGAAUACUGCUCUUUAAAUUCAAACUGAGGGUCUAUCACCGAGAUUAAAUCCUUCAACAAAUCCAAAUAAAUCUUCUUAAAGAAGUUCUAUUUCUAGUCAUAAAGCUUCUUCAAUAAUCUCUGGGCAGGUUUUGACCAACAACUCUCUAAAUAAGUUUCUCAUUGGAUUGCAGCAACCUGAUGAUUUUUAAAUCCAAUUAGAAAGAAAAUCAAAUGCAAUAUGUCCGCUUACUAAAAAUUUUUAAUAAACAAAGACUUCUAAAAUUAAAUAAAUGAAUUUACUCAAAACUCAAUCACCUCUCUCUGCUCAAUCUCUUUCUCCCUAUUCUAAAUCACCUCUUUCUUCGUCUUCCUCUUCUAAAAAAAAAUUUUUUUAACCGUCUAAAAAUAUUGCUAAUUAAAUUAAAUAUAAAGAAGUGCAGCCUUUCGUGGACCCAAAUAACAGACCCAAAGAACAUUUAGACAAAAUUGAAAAAAAACAAGCAUAUGGAUAGCAAUAUAGAGAUUUUUUAGAUAUAAUUAACUUUUCCAAUGGAAUUAUACAGCCAUUUAAAAUCAAAAUGCACGUCCCUAUUUACAAAAUAGGACUAAAUACACAAAACGAUCCCCAACUUAUAGCCUAAGUUGUCUAAAAAAGAUGGUGGUGGAAGUUCUCUGAUGGAAGAGAUAAUGGAUGCGAUUUCUAACUGCUAUGGACUGACGAAAAAGACUACAAUUUCUUCAAAAAUAUGAAAUCUGUUAAAGAAAUAUGCAACGAAAAUAUCGUCAUUGCUGGAGAUAAGUAAUCUUCAUACGAAGACUAAGGAAUCAUAAAAUAAUCUCAUUAUUAUGGAAACUAAGAGUGUCAAAUUGAAAGCCAGUUAUAGAAAUUCAUAAGAGAUAGAGAUGCUCAACACAUUAAGCAGUAUUUGAUAGAAAAUGAAAAAUCGUUUGAGGGUCCUUUGAAUUUACUUUCCCAUCAAAACAGCUAAGAAGGAUGCUUUAUUAGCUAGUCAUACAAAAAUUUAAUAAUCCUUAAAAAUCCAAUUAUUUACUAAAUUAUUAAUUAACUUUAAGAAAACUAAGAGUUCAUUUCAAAAAAAAAUCUAAUCAAUAAUAUUAAAUUUUACUACAAUCAAAAAUAUGACUCCUGUGAAAAAGCUUUUAACAUUAUUCCUAAAUCCUUCAUCAUAACCAAAAAUAGCGAUCAAGGAAAAACAGAGUGGAGGAAUUAAAAGCUUUAUGAAACUAGCGCAAGAAAAUCUGAUUCAUCUCAAAAAACUCUAUCUUCUUGUUUAUGGAUUAUAAAGUAACAAGGUCGAAAUUCAUGGAGGAAUUAUAAAAUAACAAACGAAUAUUCGGUUAUAGACUAAUUUAUUGAAAAUUUUCAAAAUCAACAUAAAUAGUCUUACUUUAUUAUAUAGCAGUACAUUCCAGAUCCUUUAUUGCUUGUUGGUAGAAAAAUUUCAUUGCAAUUUUUCUUGCUAGUAACAUGCUAUAAUGACUAUGUCAAAGGGUAUCUUUAUGAUGAAGGAAUUGUUAACAUGAGCUCAUAAAAUUAUUAAGCUGAAGAAUUCAAUAAUAUUUACAUUCAUAAUACAAAUAUUAACACAUAGCAAUACUCCUAAAAUGAAAAUGAAUUUUCUCAAAAUAACAAGAUAAUGUUUUCAUACUUCAAAGACUACGUCAACGACUAAAAGCAAAAAGGGAACUUUAGCCAAAUAGAUACCAAUAUAAUUAUGCAGAAAAUAAAAAAAAUAUGCCAAACUGUGAUUCUCUCUGCCUAUUGCAAAGCAGACAAGCUUCAAAAACAAUUUGCUUUUUAAACAUUUAGCAUAGACUUUUUGAUUGACGAAUUAGGGCAAGUUUGGCUCAAUGAUGUAGAACCCGCUCCUUAAUAUAGCUAAUUUGAUGGCUAUUCUCUACAAAAAUUAGCGCUUUCUUUGAUCGAUCAAACCUUUUAAAUUGCCGUUGAUCCAUUAUUCCCACCACCUCACUUUCCUAUUUCUUACUUAGAUCAAAUUCCUUAAAAAAUUUACUCAGAAAAUAAAUUUUAGCUAAUUUUCGAUCAAAUUUUGUCGAACAUAACUUUAAUAUAAAAUAUAAAAUGA